AUGUUUUUGUGCAUGAAUCCGUGUGCCAAGCCAACCCCCGUUGAUGGGGAUGAAGAUGACCGUGGGAACGGCACGCCGAACACAAAAGAAGCCGUCAAGGGUCUCACGUCGCAGAUUAAGGAUCUGGCGCUGAAGCUUUCAGGGAAGAAAAUCAAAGCUGGCAAUCCCAAAAGCAUCAAGUAUGACACCGUUUCUGAAGAGGGGGUUCCAUACGGCUACAUUGGUGGUGGAAGCACAAGUUCAACCCCUGCUUUGGACUACACAAACCCCAAUCAAUCCCCAAUUGGUAACACCACCCCUGGAGUGCGUCAACCUCAACCACCAGCUGGUAGUGUAGCGAUGGUGGACAUGACUGGAUCCAACAAGUGGAUAGCAAAGAUGGAGCCAGGUGCUCACAUCACCGUUGUGUCUCUUCCUACUGGGGGCAAUGAUCUCAAAAGGAUUCGCUUCUGCUCUUUUAUAAUAUAUAUUUUCCUUGUGUGGUUUAUCAGCGCAAGCUUGUGA